GUCACCGUCUCUGACCUCAGCAUUUCGGGUAUUUUUUUCUGAGCGACUCAGCGGCUGGCGGCGCCAUAUUGAAAGAUCAGAUCCGUUUCAUAAAACGCUGAAAACGUCGAAUUUUCCGCCAUGUUGUACCUGGAGGAUUAUCUCGAGAUGAUCGAGCAGCUUCCCAUGGACCUCCGCGACAGGUUUACGGAAAUGAGGGAGAUGGACCUGCAGGUUCAGAACGCCACCGAUCAGCUGGAGCAGAAGGUGAUCGAGUUCUUCGUCAACGCCAAGAAGAACAAACCGGAGUGGAGAGAAGAACAGAUGGAGGUCAUCAAAAAGGAUUAUUACAAAGCUCUGGAAGAUGCAGACGAGAAGGUGCAGCUGGCCAAUCAGAUUUAUGACUUGGUGGACCGUCACCUGCGUAAACUGGACCAGGAACUGGCCAAGUUCAAGAUGGAGCUGGAGGCCGACAACGCCGGCAUCACGGAGAUCCUGGAGAGACGAUCUUUAGAGAUGGACAGUCCGUCUCAGCCGGUCAACAACCACCACGUCCACUCUCACACGGCAGCCGAGAAGAGGAAGUACAGCGCCCCAACUCACCACACCACAGAACACGUUCCUGAGAAGAAGUUCAAGUCUGAAGCUCUGCUGUCCACGCUCACAUCGGACGCCUCCAAGGAGAACACACCAGGCUGCCGUACCAACAGCACGACCUCGGCCACCAACAACGUGUACAGCGUGAACUCCUCUCAGCCUCUGGCCUCCUACAACCUGAGCUCCCUGCCCGCGGGCCCCGGGGCUGGGGCCGGGGCCAUCACCAUGGCCGCCGCUCAGGCCGUGCAGGCCACCGCUCAGAUGAAGGAGGGCCGUAGGACGUCCAGUCUGAAGGCGAGCUACGAGGCCAUCAAGAACAACGACUUCCAGCUGGGCCGAGAGUUCGCCCUGGCCCGGGACAGCGCCGGGUACUCCUCCUCCGCUCUGGCCUCCACCCUCACCCAGACCCUCACCCCCACCGCCGCCUCUGACUCCAGGGGCCGCAAGUCCAAAAGCAGCAUCAAGUCCUCCAACCACCAGUCCUCCUCCUCCUCCUCCUCUUCCUCCCUGUCCUCCUGCUCUUCGUCGUCUGCGCUGGCUCAGGAACUUUCCCAGCAGGCCUCAGCGCUGCCGGAGGCCGAGGCCAACAGUCAGGUGGACUGGACCUACGACCCCAACGAGCCCCGGUACUGCAUCUGUAACCAGGUGUCCUACGGAGAGAUGGUCGGCUGCGACAACACAGACUGUCCCAUCGAGUGGUUCCACUACGGCUGCGUGGGCCUGACCGAGGCUCCCAAGGGGAAGUGGUUCUGUCCUCAGUGCACGGCCGCCAUGAAGCGCAGAGGCAGCCGCCACAAAUAGAGGGUCCGGCCGCCCCGCCCUCAUCAAGCACAGCUACCGUCGGCCGCCCGGGGUCAGAGGUUGGCAGGCUGGGAACACGUUGUGCCAACAGGAAGCGUUCUGGGACUAAACCAUUUCACCGCCGCCCCCCUAACGUUCUGGACUUUCCAAGAAUCCUGCAGGUUUCUGUUUGUUUUCUUUAUUAACACAAGUCAGACUUGAUUGGUCUGAUGAUGCGGAUCCAUCAGGACCUGGUCCCUCUGGACGGACCUGCUGAAGCCCUGAACGUUUGGUCUCCAGUCGAGGGACCAGAGAAGCUCUCUGAACCUGUUCCGGUGUGUCCAGGUGUGAUUCUGUUCUGUACCUCACCUGGCCAGGUCAGAGGUCAGGCUGUGUGUACCUGGAGGACUUUAAAUAAACUGGACCUGAACUCGU